AUUUUUCGUAUUCGAUUUGAACUAUAUUCGACGAGUGCCCGCCAUGUUGAUAUCGAUAUCUUCUCGUGUUCUUGUCUGUGUUCUUUUGUUCGUCGUAGGCUGCGUCGGUGCUGUAGAAAUCGAUGAGGAAAAGAAACAUUUCAUUGUCUUCCUGGAAAUGAAGCCUGAUUUGAAUGAAUUUGAUGCAGUGGAAACACAUCUUAAUGUUCUCAUGUCAGUGAAGGAAAGCUAUGUCGAGGCGGAGGAGUCGAUGGUGUAUAGUUACACAAAAAGCUUCAAUGCCUUUGCAGCCAAGCUAAAUGAAGAGGAAGCCCUAGCAUUGUCAAAGAGGGAAGACGUGCAUCACGUGAUUCCAAACCAGUAUAGAAAACUACAAACAACACGAUCAUGGGACUUCAUCGGAUUGCCUUCCAAAGCCAGAAGAAAUUCCAAAGAGACAGAUAUUAUCGUGGGUUUAUUUGAUACCGGGAUCACUCCAACCGCUGAUAGCUUUAAAGAUGAUGGGUUUGGUCCUCCACCCAAAAAAUGGAAGGGCACGUGUCACCAUUUCGCCAAUUUCACCGGCUGCAACAGAAAACUCAUCGGAGCAAGAUAUUUCAAGCUCGACGGCAACCCGGAUCCGGCCGACAUCUUGUCGCCGAUAGACGUCGAUGGCCACGGCACGCAUACGUCAUCAACGGCAACAGGUAAUGCAGUUGCGGGAGCCAGCCUCUCUGGUCUGGCCAAAGGAACUGCCCGUGGAGGCGUGCCGUCCGCCAGAGUUGCCAUGUACAAGGUCUGCUGGGCUAGCACUGGGUGCGCUGAUAUGGAUAUUCUAGCCGCCUUUGACGCUGCCAUACAUGAUGGCGUCGAUGUCAUUUCAAUAUCAAUCGGCGGCGGCGCCUUUGGCAAUUACUCCGAUGACUCCAUCUCCAUUGGGGCGUUUCAUGCCUUGAAGAAGGGUAUCAUCACCGUGACCUCCGCCGGAAACGACGGUCCGACUCCCGGCAGUGUCGUUAACCACGCGCCGUGGAUUGUGACGGUUGGUGCCAGCGCGAUUGAUCGGAAAUUUAUUAGUCUAUUAGAGUUGGGCAAUGGGAAGAACAUCUCGGGAGUAGGGAUAAACAUAUUCAAUCCAAAGAAAAAAAUGUACCCAUUAGUGUAUGGAGGGGAUGUGGCGAGGGGCGCAGAGAACAGAGAGAGCGCAAGCCAUUGCGCGGAGGACUCGCUUGAUCCAAGCAAGGUGAAGGGCAGCCUUGUGUUCUGCGAAUUGAUCACUUGGGGCGUUGAUUCUGUUGUCAAUGCGCUUGGUGCCAACGGCGCUAUCAUUCAAAGCGAUGAGUAUCUUGACAAUGCUAAUAUCUUCAUGGCUCCUGCCACCAUGGUUAGCAGCUCUGUUGGUGCUGUUAUUCACUCCUAUAUCAAGUCCACCAGAACCCCCACGGCAGUAAUAUACAAAACAAGGCAGCUCAAAGCAGCAGCUCCUAUGGCCGCUUCCUUCUCUUCUAGAGGCCCAAAUCCAGGCACCACUCGCAUUCUUAAGCCGGACAUAGCAGCGCCGGGAGUGGACAUAUUGGCCGGUUACACGCCGCUGAAGUCACUAACAGGGCAGGAGGGUGACACCCAAUUCUCCAAAUUUACACUCAUGUCUGGCACUUCCAUGGCCUGCCCCCACGUCGCCGCCGCCGCCGCCUAUGUCAAGUCUUUCCAUCCGCUUUGGUCUCCUGCCGCCAUUAGAUCCGCCCUGAUCACCACCGCGAGUCGGAUCAGCCGACGGCUGAAUCCUGAUGGCGAAUUUGCAUAUGGAGCUGGCAAUCUAAAUCCAUCGAGAGCCAUAAAUCCUGGCCUAAUCUAUGAUCUCAAUGAAAUGUCAUACAUCCAAUUCCUUUGUAGGGAAGGCUACACGGGUUCUUCAAUUGGCGUCCUCGCUGGAACUAAAUCCAUAAACUGCUCUACUUUAAUCCCGGGGCAUGGACAUGACUCUCUCAAUUAUCCAACCUUUCAACUCAGGCUCAAGAGCCCCCGACGAGCGAUGUCCACCGUGUUCCGACGACGAGUCACCAACGUCGGACACCCCGUAUCUGUCUACAAUGCCACCAUCAAGGCUCCCCCUGGGGUGGAGAUCACGGUUACACCGAGCACAUUGUCAUUUUUACGGCUGCAGCAGAAGCGGAGCUUUAAGGUGGCUGUGAAGGCCGGUCCUUUGGCGUCGGGGAAAAUGGUGUCGGGUUCGGUUGCUUGGAUCGGAGCUCGACAUGCUGUGAGAAGUCCAAUUGUUGUUUAUAGCCCUGAGGAUGAAGAAGUAUUUGUGAGGGAAUGAUUGAAAUUUGCUUUUGUUAUCCUAUGUAAGGAACCAAAGACAAUUUGAAGUCAUUUGAAUCAGAAUACAGUAAUACAAC